CUCUCCGCCUCCUCGGCUCCCGGUCCCGCCGCUUGAGCUUCUCAGCUGCCUUCCGCCUGCGCUUAUUAAUUUAUGGCUUCGUUCGCUCAAUUACUUCGCCGCUCUUCAUAUUCCAACAGCCGAGCAGGAUGACAGGGCACGAGGUCGACGACGAACCCGAGGCGCGCGCACGGAUGGAGCGCCGGCAAGUGCUCACUGCUACCGCCGCCGCUGCCGAGGCCGGUACGCUGCUGGGCAAGAGUGUGGCCGCCGAUGCACGCUUGUCCUGCCCGGCCAGCUCCACGGCAGUGGAAGCAGGCGAGAGCAGCGGUGUCGUCGUUCAGGCCAAGGGCUCAGCAACAGGGCUUCCAUCGCCACUCACCAAACAGAUGAAGAAGAAGCUGCUUAUCCUGGACCUUAAUGGCCUGCUCGCCGACAUCAACCAAGACAGGCACAACGCUCACCUGUCACAUGGAACGAUCCGAGGCAAACUAGUCUUCAAGAGGCCCUACUGCGACGAUUUCCUGAGGUUCUGCAUGCACCACUUCGAGCUGGGGAUAUGGUCAUCAAGGCUCAGAGCGAACGUCGACGCGGCUGUCGACAUCCUCAUGGAAGACGACGUGAAGCAACGCCUGCUGUUUUGCUGGGACUUGUCUAAAUGCACCGGCACUGGCUUCUACACCCUUGAGAACAAGACCAAGCCGCUGGUGUUGAAGGAGCUGAAGAAGCUGUGGGAUGACCUUCCAUGGCGCCAGCAAGGGGAGUUCUCGCCCUCCAACACUCUCCUCCUCGACGAUUCACCCUACAAAGCUCUACGCAAUCCGCCGCACACCGCCAUUUUCCCUUGCCCCUAUAGCUACAAGGACGACAAGGACGACGCACUGGGACCUGGUGGAGAUCUUCGCUUGUACCUGGAGAGCCUUGCCACCACUGCAGACGAUGUCCAGCGUUACGUCAGGGACCACCCUUUCGGUCAGCCACCCAUCACGGAGGCUCACAAGCACUGGGAAUUCUACAGGCGGAUACUACGUACUACUACUCAAGUAGAAUGAAGAAGCAAGAAGCAGCAAGGCCAACUUCUUAAUCAGUAUCAGAUGCAGGAUCUUUUGUUUCUUCGUUUGUUAAGACAUGCCAGCAUUC